UUGCGUAAGCGCGCUAAGGGUGGCUAUGCUGCCUUAUUAGGCAGCGCUGUGUCCGCUGCGGCAACCCUGGCGGCUCGUCUGCCCACAUGUCCCGGCGGCCUCGGCUGGCCCUGCGCGCAGCACCAGACUCAGCUUCCAGUCUCCUGCACGCACGCGCUCCGUCCGGCAGUCAUGUCAGUGAAACCUCCAGGUGGUGAAUGCCAUGAUCUCUUUGGAGCAGAUUGUAAAGGAUCACCAGGUCACCUGAGGGUACUGAAACCACCAGGUGGAGGAUCAAGCGAUAUUUUUGGGACUGCACCUGUGGAUCAGAGCCCCAAACGCCGCACCAAUUAUAUGCAGUCAUCAUUAUUCGUUGAACCAGAAUCUGUUAAUACUACACCUGCUCGUGUAAAGUCUGGUAAUGAUACCCACAAUAGAUUAUUUGGUGAAGUGACCACGAAACCUGUUACUCCAUAUUCAUUGAAAUCUAAAUCUAACCUUGGCUUUGGUGAUGAGCUGGAUAACACACCUGCUGCUAAUGGCAAGAACAUAUACUCUCCCAGAGGAGAUGGCACCACUACCAAUGGCGUGAAAGAAGCAUCUGUUGCAAAUGGCAAUGAUAAUGCAAAUGAAACUACCAACGUUAAUGCCAAUGUCAACAAUGAAAACACUGCUGCAUCUGCUUCGGCCCCUGCUGCUUCGGCUCCUGCUGCCUCCACUGCUACAUCUUCUCCUGCACGAGCUGCCACUGCCCCACAGCGAAGCCGUGUCCCUCCGGGAGGCUUUUCUUCUGGGUUGUGGUGAAGCGAUACUGUCUUGAAGUAUUCCUCUUUGCGUGUGCUGAAUAAAAGUCCUAAUCUAACGUAUUAUUUCUCUAUUCUUAAUUUUGUAUUUUAAAUAUUAAGUUCAUAUGGCAAGUAUUUUUUGUUACUGAUUGUCAUUUUACCACACUGUGUUUUGACAUACUUUACAGGUAUGACUGAUAUAUUUAUUUCGUAUUUGAUACUUAUUAUUUCUAUUUUAUAGGAUCAGUAAUAAGGAAGUAUUAUUUCCCUUUCAUUACUUUUUCUAUCACUGACUGACUUGUAAUUUUUUUAAAAAAAUGAGAAAAGGGUGUCGAUACUUAAUUUUAAAAAUAACUAAGGAGCUUUCUACUUUCAGGAGAUUUUGUCAUUAGUGAUACAAAAAAUUCUAAGCUGUAAUUACACAUGAAAUGUCCUUCACAGUUGAAGAAGUUAAGGAGAAAUGUAAAUUUUUUGCUAUAAUAUUUCAGAACUUAAGCAUUGUUUGCUUCCAGUUGACACAUGGCUAUAAUAGUCAGAACUGAUAGGCUAAUGUAAAAUUUUUUAUAACAGUGCCUCAGAAAAUUCAUAAAAGAUUGUGUUAAAGUGCCUUUUAAACCACCCAGUGGUACUGUGUAUGAAUCUGUAGAAUUAAAGAAAAAAUUUAAAAAAAGA